UCACGGCAGUCGCUGCUCAUCACUUGCUGCGACCGGAGAUCUUUCAUUCUGUUCUGUGAAUAACCCGCGCGAGUAACUGCCUUCUAAAAUGAUAAUGUUUUCGGGGAUUGCGAUUCUAAUCGUUGGAUUAGCCGUGAGCUGUGGUGCUGUGAAUCCUUCUUCCAAAGUGGAUUUUACGGAAGUUGGAGAUCUGAAUGAUGACAAUGGGUUUGUGAGUGUGUUUAAGAAUUAUCCCAAAAUUCAAGUGACGGUCGAUACUUCAAAAUUGAAACGUGUUGCUAAUCCGGAGAAUGACGAAAGCAGUUCGGGAAGCUCCGGAAGUUCCGGAUCAGAAUCGGUGGAACGACAGACAAUUGGUGUACGUACCGAUAUUACGAUUGAGGUUUCGGAAGAAUCUGCGAAUGAAACGAACAAUGUGAAUGUGAAAGUGGAUGCAAGAAACAAGAACGGAACGGAGAUUUGGAAAAGUAACAAAAGUGAGGAAGAUGAUGAUAACGCUAGCGUCCCCGUGUUUAAAGGAAUGAAUGGGCUGCCGACGAAAGGAAAACCUUCAAGGCCAACAAUUUCUAAUGAUGUCGAUGAUGACAGGAGCAGGCCUGGAGUUACGCUGCAUGGCCGACCAACUUUUGUGCAUAGAUCUGAUGAACGUAGACCUGGUGGUGGCCCUUACGACGGUUGGAACCGGUUUCAACCUGUGAUGGGAGUGUGGACCACGGAACGGCCGUACCUUCGGAGAAUUGAUUACGACUUUAGAGGUAACCCAAUCUACGUAAAAAGCUACAUUCCCUACCACGUAGCCCGGCAUGAUGAACCAAAACCAUGCUACUGCGGGACAUAUCAGCAGUGGGACCGUGCUCCAUCAAAUCCAGUGUUGCCAACACCUCGAAAAAAGGUACAGGACAAGGUGGAAGUGCCCUACAAGCAGCACCGGGAUUGA